AAGCAGGCUUCACGCAUGACCUGCACCUUUCCUCGCGAUGAGCUCGGCUCGUUGGUUCGGCCCGUUGAGAGGGCCGCUGUGUCUAAUGGGUUGGAAGUAAUGGGCGUAAAACCGUCCCGCCCUCCUCUUCUGGGAAAUAAAGCUGCAGGGUUGGACAGGUGCUCACUCACAUGCAGAGGAACUAGAGCUGGAGGGAGACAAUCGAAGGUUAUGAACAUGAACAGCAUCCGUUCCCUGGCUGGUGGCCUCCUGGUCCUCAGCUUGGUCCAGAUCAGCUGGCAGGUUGCUCUGCAGCAGGCUGGCGACGACUCCAGGUUUGAGGUGGAAGACACAUUAGAGGGAGAGUCCAGAGACCUGUCCAACAUGAAGAGACACUCAGAGGGGACUUUUGCAAAUGACUACAGCAAGUUCCUAGAGGACAGGAAGGCUCAGGACUUUGUCCGGUGGCUGAUGAGCAACAAGAGGAGCGGAGCGACGGACAAGCGCCACGCAGACGGAACCUUCACCAGCGACGUUAGCUCCUACCUCAGCGAUCAAGCUAUCAAAGACUUUGUUGCCAAGCUGAAGUCUGGACAAGUCCGACGAGAAUCACUAACGGCCAGGGAGCGCCAGGAACUCAUCAGGAGGCACGUAGAUGGGAGCUUCACCAGCGACGUCAACAAGGUGCUGGACUCCCUGGCUGCCAAAGAAUAUUUACUCUGGGUCAUGACCUCCAAACCGCCAGGGGAAAGUAAGAAAAGGCAGGAGGAGCAGCACUGAUCUACUGAGGAGGUCCUAAAGCUCAACAGGAAAAGGAAGCCAUACUGCUCUGAAUGUAGCGACCCAGUUUGAAUGUAAUGCAAAGAGACAAAUGCGCCACUCUUCCACAGGUUAAUGGUGCACUAGAGACCAGAACGCAGUUAUUUCUACUAAUUACAUUGUUUCCUAUAUUAGGCGAUAACUCUCAGGUGAUGAAUCUCAGGUAGUCCCGUGGAUCGGAUAGUCCAGGUGAUUGUCACUGCAUACGAAAAUAAAAUGAUUCAUUGAUUUUU